AUGCGCGCAAACGUCCCAACCACCAUCUUCAUCCGUCUCCCCUCCAGUCCAGCUGGCAAGCAACGCAACCACGAAGUCAGGUCGUCGAAUAGAAGCCAGUGCGCCUCGGUUGAUGGUGUGGGAUGGUCGUGGUGGAAGGAAAGGGCCCGAAACUGUUCGCCCCGGGCCAAGAAGCACCCGAGUCGAUUGGAGGGUGCCGUCUCCAAAAAGUCGUUUGCUGCAAAAGAUCGGGAUCCCUGUUUUCAGCCCGAGACGUCGACAGGAAGGCGUCAGAGACACAGAAAGUUGUCUGGCCAAGUCGGCAGGGACCGUCCCGGGGACGCCAUUGGCCACAGCGCCACGGAGGGAUGGGGCAGAGACGAGCCCUGUGGCCAUUUUGGGGGGAGACAAGCAGGACAAGACAGCAGGGGUCCGUGGCAUGGCAUGGGAUUCGGGCAAGCCUCUGAGCCUCUGCAGAGUGCGAGUCUUGCUGCAAGUAUCGAACCCUUUCUGGCGAGCUGCAACGGGACUUUGGCCUCACUCCCCGAACUCGUGCGUAUCCGACUGCCGGGGACGGGAUCGCCCGAAAUGGUUGUUUGA